AUGAGAGCUGGAGCGACUGGCUAUCCUCGCAAUGCUCCACAUACCUGCGGAUUUAACCACAUCGAGGGCCCAGACUCUGAGCCUCCUGGAAAAGAUCCUGUGGCCCAAAUAAACCUGAACUUGGGCGAAGCAAACAAGCGACAGGAUUUGAUACCAAGUGAAGCAGCGAUCAACUUCCAGAAACCGGUUCCAGAAGCCGAGUCUAGAUCUACUUUACGGGCUUCACAAAUACCAACCCCAACCAGCGAACGAAAUAAGACGGCCGUUGGAAUUAUUCCAUCCGAAAAAUCUUCUAUUACGCCACCAUUACAGCCAUUUAUUGCUUCCGUUGCAUCAGUUGAACAUAGAGAAUAUAAUACCCCGUUUGUUCUCGGCGAUGAAUCUGGGUAUGACAGCAAUGGUUCGUUGGCGGAGGAGUCAGGCUCUCUCUAUGCUGAUGCCGAUAUAACCCUGAGCGACAGCGGUGAGUCUGGACAUGCAACAGCUCAGUCAAUCGGACAGGAUGAAUCAUCAGUUAUCAGUGGGAGCCCCAGUGUAACAGAUGCGGAUCAAACUUUGCCAGGCCCUUCGAAGAAAAGGCUAAAACGACCUAUUCGAACUGCUUCUAAAACAUUGGCACAAGAUGAUACUUUGGAGACCAUUCAGGAGGAAAUAGCUGAAAAUACUGCUUCGGAACGAAUAUGCCGUACUUUUGAUCAGCUACAACUGACAGAAGAAAGGGCUGUGCAAAAGAGCAAUUCAGUGUCUGGAGAUGUUUUGUCCGAUGAUGACAGCUCCAUAAUAGACACCCAACAGAUAGUCCCAAAGGCUCCUCUGCUCAGCAUACGCCAAAAGCGAUUUCCAGAAAUCAGCCCCCAAAUGCCGCGGAAAAAACGAAAGAAGACUUAUCCAGACACAAAGAUGAUGUCUUCUAGGAUCCAUUUCAAAAAUCUAACGCUUACAACCCGCGUCUCAGAAUCUCCGGAUUGUCCCAAGCCGAUACCAACCCGACUUGACUUUUGUGACGGUUUCGUAGGUGAAGAAUCUCAACCCAUCGGGCGCACAAAAGCGACAUCUCGGCCACGUCGAUUGCCUAGACCAGGUGUCUUGAGACGGUCAAAGGGGUACUCAUGCCAGCUUCCACUGGUUCAAUCAAGAACCUUUGGCGAUAAGCCCUCCGUACAAGAAGGAAGUUGGAACUUUAAAGAGAGAGUCGGCAUUCGAUUUGGGUGGGAAAAUCUUGCAGAUGACUCAAGCCAUAGCCGGAAAGAAUAUCAAAACAGCACCAGCUGUGCCAAACAAGGGGCAUCUAUUCUUAGUCAGCCAAAUGUAUGGCAUACCAAGCCGGCAGACCAGAUGUCUGAUGCCAACCCGGAAAACAUCGCUGGCUACAAGGCCCCGUCGAUUACAGAGGACGUCAAUAUGGAUAUGGAUCCUAGCCCACAAUCUGAGGAAUCUGAUAAUGAUAGUAAUUUUUCGGAUUCGCUGCAGUUAGAAACUUCGCCGAAAGCCACAAAAUUGAAACGCCGCGUAACGUUUAAUGAAGACGUGGAAGUCAUUCGCCAACAACUCUCUAUGGUUUCGGCACCACUUCCAAUAUCGAUAGCAAGCUCGGACAAUGAGUCUGACGAGGACCGCAAGGAUGAAGAUGAUUAUGACACCCAUAGCGAAGGGUCAGAUAGUCACGCAUCAGAAAGUGGUAGUGAGGUUGGCUCUAGUGCAGAUGAACACACCAGCGAGCCAUCCUCGCCGCGCCAUGACCGCAAUUCCUUAAACGAUACAUUGCCUUCCACUCCUAUCCGCAGAUGGAUUCCAACAGAGGCAUCGGACUCUUCAAGUGGUGGUGAAGUUGAAACUGAGAUGCUGGAUGAUGAGAUGAUUCUUGAUGAUACUGCCAGUAUGGUCUCUAGAAGAUAUCAAGUAUCAGAUGCGGUGCAUUUAUGGGGAGAGAACUAUGAUGAUGAAAGGUUAAAUUUGAGUCCGAGCUGCCCUUGGGCGCCGCGGCGGCCAAAUAUCGCCCGCCAUAGCAUUGAGGCCGAUGAGGAUAUUUUUGCAUCUCCAUCUUCCAGAGUGCCAAGGCAGAAAACCGUCAACAAUAUAAGACUGAACCAAAGCCAAAUGAGACUCAAUGAAAGCCAAAUGGAUUGGAAUCCAACACAGCCCACCACCCCUAUGCCUCAUUCUGAGAGAUACUACAGAGAACCUUCCAUUGAACUUGGUAAUGUUGAUUGGCCGCCUCGCUCCUUUUUCUCGCAGUCCAUGACGGAUUCGCAGGCCUCGAGGGUGACGCAUCACGGCCACCAGUCUAGGCAGUACAUGGUGGCAGAUGUUCCAAAUUACUUCUCCGCGGCAUCCCAGAAUUUUAAACAGCCACUAUAUAAGCCAACGGUGCCGCCAAUGCGGUCGAAAUCAAUGCCGUUGGGAUCACAAUAUUUCGAGAAAGAAGGACAGGAUUGGAAUGCCGAUGGAAAUAUUUUUAGCAAUUCGGUGCCUGCACAAAAGGUUGCGUCGUUUAUAGGGAGCCAGGAUGAGAGGACCACAAGCUUGAGGGCGUUGACAAGGCAUAUCAGUAUCGGAUUUGGGACUGCAGGAGAAAGGCGUAGGAAUCCUUUGCUGCCGUUCAGGCUGCCAUUGAAGAAUAUUUAAAGGCGGGAUAUUUGUGGAUUUGCUGCAGGAUUUUUGGAGCCAUAUGGCUAGAUUAUGGGUGGCAUUGUAAAUGUGCAAUUGCUGUCUUCCUAUUUUUUAUCAAACG